UCAUAACACUUUUGCCCCACCACCCAACGGUCGUCUGUCUUCCUCUCCUCUCUCGUAGAGAACUCCAACGGUCCUCUCUUGCACUCUCCGUUCAGAUCUCCGUUCACCUUGAUUUUUUCAAGCUCUAACAUUCGUCAGAUUUCGACUAGGCUUUAAGUGGAUGGGGCAGCAGAAGAGUCCUCGUCUUUGUUCUGAUGUACUCAUAUGGAACCAGAUCUAUAAAAAAUUUAAGGAGAUGCUGAAGUUCCAGCAGUCUCAGAUCGAAACCCUAAUUAACGAUCGCGAGUUUUUCGAGAACAGCUUCUACAUUCAGCACAAACAUUGGAGCAGCAAGGCACGGUUUCUUGAGUCCCAAAUCGCCAAGAUGAAGGAAGAGCAAGCUAAUACUCGCCUGGUUGAGGUUGCGAAGAUGGGUGUUUUGGUCGGGUUCAAAGAGUCAGAAGCGCUGUGCUACAAGACGCAGUUAGAGCUUGCUGAAAAUGAUUUGGAGGAAUUUCGUUCCUGUGUGGAGGCGUUAAGUGUUGAGAUGGAAAACACGAAGGAAAAGCUAAAAGGUUUUGGAGCUAUUGAAGUCAAGAAUGUAGAUUAUAUGAUUGAUCCUACUGGGUCAUUAGAAAAUUCUAAGGGGAGGAAUCAGCUCACAUUGUCCUUGAAACAGGAGAUAAAAAAACUGAAACAAGCUUACAGAGAGCUCAGUUCAAGAAGGGAUACUGAGGUUUCGGCUUUGUUAGCAGAAAAGGAUUUUGUUUGGAACCAAUUUAGGAAGAUAGAGAGUGACUACAUUGCUCUUGUUAAGACCAAGCAUACAGAAGCUGAUCAUCAAGCCAUGGAAACUAUUGAGAAACUCCAAGAUAAUGUUAAUAAAUUGCAGCAGACAAUAGAGAAGAAGGAUGAGCUUAUUGUGAAGUUAGAAGCAGAAAGAUCCAUACUUGAGUUAGAUGUUAGGAAACAUGCUGAAAAAGCAGAACAAGCUAAUAAUAAAAUGAAGAGGCUUCAUGCUGAUUUGGAUGAGCAUCGAUUGGCAGCCAUGGAGAAUGAAAAAAUAAUUGAUAAGUUAAGAAAAGAGCUUCACAUAAACAAGUUUGACAAGCCCAUUUCUUCGGAUAAAAUUAAAUGUGAAGGGAAGUUCAAAAUUGGAUCAGCUGGUGUUAGACAAAUUCAUCUGCAGAGGUGUUCGAGGAAACGUAACCUGGAAAGUUAUGACACCUACACAAGUCAAAAACAUGCAAAUUCUAGUGGGAUUACAUGUGAAACACCAGCAUGUAAUAACGUUCAUAAACCCCAACAAAAUUUGACUGAGAAAAAGAGGACUUAUUUUUCACCAGCAGAUGUGAAACCUUCAUUGUUCCAUUCUGAUUUCAAGGUUCCCAAGUUGAAGAAAUUUCGGCCACUACCUUAAUAAUUUUUAUUAAUCAUAAUUUCUAUGACAAUUUAUGCAUUAUUAGUCUUAUUUUUAGUGUUUUCAUUUUGUAAUUUAUGUAUAUAAACUGCAAUACUCAGUUUGGGAUUGUUUGUUGUUUCAGCAUAUGUAGA